AUGGAUCGAAGUAGCCAGUAGUACUUUCAAAAAUACCAAGCAAAUAUUAAGAAUGAAAUUAUGAAGGAUUUAAAGCAGGUGGAACUCAAUGACGUUGAGCUAAACAAAAAAGUAAUUGAUAAAUUAAAUAAUAACAAGAUUCCAACUAAUACCUAGCAAAUUUAUCCAAUAGCAACUGCAAUCAAUAACACUAAAAUUUCUGAAUUUUAUUAGAACACACCAGAUAAACUCAAGAAAUUAGAUAGAGAAUAGCUUAAAAAGCAAAUUUAGCUUAAUAUUGAAUCAUAAAACGAUCUUACAGAUCUUACUAGGAAUCUUGAAAAAGUUACUAAACCAAUUGCUGGAAAAGGCUAGUCUUAUGAUUCUCAGCAAAAUACAAAAAUAUAUCUUUAAAACAACAAUAAAUUCCAAAAUACUAUAAAUCAGCAAACCUAUAUUAGAGGACGACCCUCGAGUACUCAACAUUAAUUAAGCUCAAAUUCAACUGAAAAUGGCCUAAAAAAUCAAUUAGUUGCAAAUGACCUUCAUUAGAAUUAUAAUGCCAAUAAAUUUGGAUCUUUCAAUAAUGAAUAGAUGUUAAACACUAUUGACUUGAAAUUCACCAGUCAUUCGAAUCAAUUUAUGCAUGACAAGAAUUUCACUAUGAACAGCAUUAUUUAGUCUAAUACAGAAAAGAUAAAGUUACAAAGUGUCUAGAUUACCCCCAAACAUUUAGACGAAAGUAAUUUAAUUCAUCGAUAGUCAUCUCAAAAAAUUACAAAGUUAAAUACUACAAUAUUAGAAUCAUAAAAAGACAAUAACAUGGGACUAUUUGCUCAGAUCUAGUCUUAUGGCAAAUAUCCACUUCAUAAAAUGGUCUUUUAAAAAAAUUUCAAAUUACUUAAACAGUGUCUGCUUGGAAAUGUUGAACUUUUUGUUAAGGAUGAGAUAAAUGAGAGAGAUCAAAGGGGAAACACUCCUCUAUUAUUGGCGGGAAAAUUGAGUUUGCAUGAUUAGGAUUAUCUGAUAGCAGUAAAUAUCUUAAUUGAGGCUCGAGCAAGCAUUAAAAUGUAGGAUAAAUUCGAUUAGAGACUCAGUGAGAUAGCAAGGUAAAUGUAGAAUAUUGGUCUUUACUCUAUCAUCUACUAGGCUAAUGAAGAAAAACGAAAAAUUAAAUGGCAAAAGAAGAGAGUGGUCGUCUUAGAUCGGCUUAAAGAAAUACCUGAUUGCUAUUUUGAAAUAACCUGGGAUCUGAGCUCUAAUUGUAUUCCUGGAUUGCAUAAAUUUUUACCUUCUGACACUUUUAAAGUCUGGAAAAUAGGAUCAAAUCUUAGAUUAGAUUUUAAUUUCGUUACUAUGUCAGGCUUUAAACACAAGAGAAGGAAUAUGUCUAUAAUAUUCAGAGAUGGCCGGAAUGCCUCUGAUUACUUUAGAGACUGCGAUCUUAUUCUAUUGAAUAGAGAUAAAGAAUAACUAGUAGAUUAAAUGCAGGAUUUUGAGAUUGAGGAGAGAAUCAAUAUCAUCAAUGAAAUUAUGGGAGCAGAGCCUGUAGAAACUAAUCUUAGGAACCUUAGAAUUCAAAAUGAGCCUUGCAAAUCAUUCUUCGGCUUCCAUAUCUUUGACAAUAUCAAUACUUACAAGAGUCAAAUGUACAAACUUACUAUUAACUGUUCACUAUUGUAGCAAAAAGGAAGUACUAUUUUAGAGGAAAACUUAGAGAAUACUCCUUAUCAGAAUUAUUUUGAUGAGGCUUAUAAAAUGGGAAACACCUACGUUAGGAAAGCUGUUAAAGAGGAGAUGAAUACAGAAUUGAAGUGCAAUCUUUGGAUCACAGAGUAAUUUCCAAUAACAAAUGAUAUGUUUUUGACAGUUCUCAAAACUAUAAGUGCAUCGGGAGACUUCAGAAUUCUCAAAUAGCUCCAGCAAUAUCUUUCAAAUGAAGACCUAAUAUAACUCUGUGGAAGAAAUGGGUUUCCUGUUAAGGUUUAGAUCCCUCUCAUAUAUUCUAUUUAGGCAUUCGUUAGUUUUAAAAGUUUCUAAUUUCUAACAUUCGAAAAUGCUUAAAUCAAGUAACAGCAAGUUGCUUAGCUUUUCUCAGUUCCACGUCAUUUCCAAAAAGUAAGCCGACACGUUGGCAUAAAAAUGCUUAAUGAUCGUAAGAAAAUCUUAUUAAUGGCUAAUCUCACAGCUUGA